CGUUAACUCAAACACUAGACGGGAGAGGCUGGACCAGUCCUCCAGAGUAGCUGAAGUCUGCCAGACGAGCUUGUGUGUGUUAGCUGCCGACGCCUUCUGUAUCUUUGUGUGAGAUAAAAAAUGUUUACAAUUAUGAGACCAGCGGUGAGAGUGUGGGGGGUGGCAUCAAGCACUCCACCAUCUACGCGGAGGUCUUUCUACUUGGCGAGGACAUUAGGCUCGUAUAACAGUAUCCCGUCCUUCGCGCCCACUUCUACAUCAUUAUCAAGCGUGGAUGUGAGGGAACUGAGCGAGAAGGCCAGAUGGUUGGGGCCGCUGAACCUCAAUUCUCACCUGUACUUCGAGGCACACAAGGUGGGCGCAAAACACUCUGGUAUAGUGAACAACAUAAGCACUGCACGACCUAUCCACCACCAGAACAUGGUCGAUACCCUCCUUCAUCUCUGCAAGAAGAUACCCAUCCUGAGGGUGAACAUAAAGCCACGAGGCGGACAACCCUGGUACUACGAAGACGAACACAUCAACUUAGAUUUUCAGGUUUUAGAGGAAGGAGCCAACCCUUCAGAAGAGUUCCAAAAGCUCAGCAAGGAAGGCUUGGGGACAGAGGAUGCCCCCUUGAUGAAAGUUCGGAUGAUCCCUGGGGUGACGGACGCCUCCUGCGCCUUCCCCGAGUAUAACAAAGACUUCCCCCAUCAAUACGCCAUCAUCUUCUUCGUGCACCACUCCAUCAUGGACGGUACCAGUAUGGCCUAUAGCUUACGGGGGUUUGUGGAAGUACUUGACAGAGUUUUGCGUGGCCAGAGUGUUGACAAUACCAAACAAAUAGGAGUAUUUGUUUCACACCAGGAGAUCACAGAAAAAGAACUGCUGAUUGAGAAGAUGUUGAACAAUGAUCAAGGACGAUUGAGGGAGUUGAAACAAGAAGUUCUAGCAAGCACCAAAUCGCCUGAAAUAUUAAAAGGUUAUCCUGCGCCUGGGGGACCUAACCCGACCACUCACUUUCUUCACCGCGAGAUUCAGCCAGAAAGGUUCCACAAGAUCUACCUCCGGUGUAAGCAACACGGUGUAACCUUUUACACUGCCUUGCAGGCUGCUGUAAACACCGCUAUAGUCGAACUACUGAAGGAGGCGGGAAUCCACGAUGAAGACUUCAAUAUCAGUGUCUCCAAUAAUACCAACCUGCGGCGAUAUAUGGCAAGGCGCCCUUCACCAAUACUUGGGGUACACGUGUACCACACCACGCAACUUGUCAAUGUUAGUCGAAAUGUGAGGGAAAGUUUCUGGAACUUUGCUAAAAUAAUUGGCAGUGACCUGAAAACUCUCCUUACUUCAGAGGCGUCGCUGGUACAGAGUGUGGUGCGGAGGAUGACGCUGCCGCCCAUCGACCCGACUACUUACUUCAGGACUCCUCCACCCUUGACAAGCGACUACCUCUUUACCAACAUGGGAGAUGUGUCUGCCAUGAUUGGUGGUGAUACUCACAGUGUCCGUGUCACAGGCAUAUAUAAUGUUAGUGAAAUACACAACGCGUCAGUUAUGUGUUUUCAUUCUACGCACACAUUCCGUGGUAAGCCUCUCUACACGUUUACUUACGCCUCCAACUACAUGACGCAUGACACAGCAGAGAGGCUGGUCAACAUGAUCUUCACCAUCCUAGACGAAGUUAGUGAAUAAUGCCUUCAAAAUGCAUGAUGCAGAGACCUGUUCUACCCAACAUUACCAGGUGUUAUUGACUGAAAGAAGUAUACCCUCUAUUUUCUUAUAUCUCUGUUAUUUUUUAUGAGAGAAAGAGAGUUCAACAAGCUAGCCAGCCUGAACCCUAGUGCGCGCGACAGACAGGUUCAGGGGGACAGGAGUAGAUUUACCUUUACGGUUAAUCCUUUCCUGUUCAUAGUUUGUUCCAUCCUUUCUUUAGUUUGUUACAUCCUUUCUUUAGUUUGUUCCAUCCUUCCUUUAAUUUGUUCCAUCCUCUAUCUAUUUUUUUUCAACCUUUCUUUACUUAGGUCCAUCCUUUCCUUAGUUUGUUCCAUCCUUUCUUUAGUUUGUUACAUCCUUUCUUUAGUUUGUUCCAUCCUUUCUUUAGUUUGUUCCAUCCUUUCUUUAGUUUGUUCCAUCCUUUCUUUAGUUUGAUCCAUCCUUUCUUUAGUUUGUUCCAUCCUUUCUUUAGUUUGUUCCAUAAUUUCUUUAUUUUUUUGCCUUUCACUAGACUGUUUACAACUUGCCCAUUGUAAGCACUAAGACUGGAGAACAGGUUUAAAGCAGCCAAGUCACCAAGAGUCUUAGGUUAGGUUAGGUGAUGUUUGGCUGGUGUUAUUACGACCUGGGAUUAUUUAUGUAAGUUUGAUGGGGAAGUAUCAUGUUUAAAUUUAGAAGUGUGAGUGUAGUGGAAAAUUAUACAGACGAAUUAGGUCAGUUAAUAGAGUGAGUUAGAUACAAAGAGUUGACACUAAAUCGAUGUUCUAGUUCACUUUGCAUAAGUAAACUUGACCUGAGGAUAUAUUUUUAUCAUAAUUUGUGUUGUUGGUGUUGACUCAUACUCAUAGUCAUCAUGCUACUGAAAACAUAGUAAACCCAUAGAUGACAAAGUAUGUAAUUAAAGUAAACUAAUACUAAAGUUAUAUCUUUAAAAUUUUCUAGUAUAAUUGAUGCUAUAUUACAUAAACUCCAUAAUAUAUUAUAAUUCAAGUGUUCUUACUUUAGUAUACUUACCUAUAUGUAUCUGUAUUGUAAAGACAAAUCCCAUACCCAGGGUUAUUAUGUGAUUACUUAAGCGUUAAUGUACUUGUUUCCUAUUUAUAAUUUCCAUACAAUCAUUAUUGGAUUACAGUAACACACAAUUCAUAUAUUGUACUUUUUAUUGCAAUAAAUUCAUACCACCGCAUCAA